UUUUUGUUUAUUUUUUUUCAUUUUAACGCGCCAUUAUUUACUUUUAUUGAAACUCCUAAAAACAAAUAAAUAAAAGUCUAAACAAAUAUCAUUAAAAAAAGUGUGGAACAAAAUAAAUUAUAAAGCCCAGAAAAGGCUCAUAAGUGUUAAAUUAUAAAAAAACCAAACAAUUAAAAAACAAAAUAUUUUAAUAUAAAAUAAACAAAAUUUUUAAAUAAAACCCAAUAAAUUCCAAACUAAAAAAAGGUUUCCAGUAUGUCCAAAGAAAACUUGUUUUAAAACAUAAUUUCAAAACAAAAUCAAAAAAUUUCUUAAAAAACAAACAACAAGUGCUGAAUAUUUAACUCAAACGAAACUUUUCUACCAGCAGACCUUUAAAGUGCCAAACGAAUAAAAAAAAAACAAACUUUUAAAACAAAAACAUAAAACAAAUUCAUAUUUCCGCAAUCAAUUUAAUUAAAAAAAUAAAAUAAAACAUAACAAACCAAUAAUAUGCUUACCAUGGAAUCAGAUAUGAAAGGUGGCAUAUUACAUGCCACCAUGCCACCACAUCAUGCAUCGGCUGCUUUGCAUGGACAUGCCGCUUCACCCUAUAGUGCUUUGGGUCCUCUAAUGAACUUGGGCCAAUCACAUUUGACACAAUCACAUUUGUCACAUCAUCACCAACAUCAUAUGACUUCACAUUUGGCCUCACAGACAACGGCCGCCGGCAAUGGCACCUCUAGUGCCUUGAGUUCCCUGCAGAACAGCAUGGCCCAGACUUUGAAUGGCAAUGCUGGACAGCAACACCAUUCGCCCUUGCACAGCUCCAGCGAUUUGAGUCCCACCCAAAGUUCACACACCAGCAUAGGCAGUCAUCAUAUGACCUCGCCGGGACAAUCACAUCAUCAUGGUUCACAUCAUCAUUCUGGUGGCAUGGGAGGACAAAGUACUCCUCUUAGUUCUAGCGGCAGUUCGGGUGGUGGUAAUGUUAAUAAUAAUAAUUCUUCGGCCGCCAAUAAAAAUGCCCAAAGUGCUGCCGAGCGUGUUAAGAGACCCAUGAAUGCUUUUAUGGUUUGGUCUCGUGGCCAGCGUCGCAAAAUGGCCUCGGAUAAUCCCAAAAUGCACAAUAGUGAAAUCUCCAAACGUUUGGGUGCCCAAUGGAAGGAUUUAUCUGAAGCUGAAAAGCGUCCUUUCAUCGAUGAGGCUAAACGUUUAAGAGCCGUGCACAUGAAAGAGCAUCCCGAUUACAAAUAUCGUCCACGUCGCAAGACAAAAACUCUUACCAAAACCAAGGAGAAGUAUCCUUUAGGUGUAGGUGGUCUCUUGCAAUCCUCAGAGCCCAGCACACCCACCGCCCGCACCAGUUCAGCUAAUUCGAUCAGCUCGGCUGCUCAACAGGCGGCCAGUGUGAAUCGUGAUAUGUAUCCCAUGAGUGCUCCCAAUGGAUAUAUGCCCAAUGGCUAUAUAAUGCAUGAUCCCUCGGCUGCUGCCUAUCAGAGUCAACAUGGCGCCUAUAUGGGUAACUAUCACCGUUACGAUAUGGGACAAAUGCAUCAAGCUGCAGCAGCAGCGGGUUCCCUAAACUAUAUGAAUGCCGCUGGUAGUGGUUAUGGCAUGUAUGGCACCGUAAGCGGCGGUCAAACCUCACCCUACGGCAACAUACAACAGCCUGGCUCACCGUAUGGGGGAGGCAGUGCUCAACCACAACCUGGUUCACCGUACGGACUCUCCGGCCAGCCUGGUUCUCAAGUCUCCUGCCAAAGUCAUAGUCCCAGCGAUUCCAGCGUUAAAUCAGAACCAGUCUCGCCCAGCCCCAUGCACAGUUCUGGGGGACAAUCAUCCGCUCAACAGAAUUCCGCCUCCGCCGCCGUUAUCACCAACAACAAUAAUCACAUAAUGAAACAGGAAUAUGUGAGAGCCCAACAGCCGUCUUCGGAACUUAACCACCUUAUGAAUAUGUAUCACCUGCCCGAUGGUAUGCAAGCAUCCGCCGCUGCAGCUGCUGCCGCCGCCGAGCAUCACCAGCGCAAUCUGAUGCACUAUCAGACUAGUUCGCCCGAUUUGCAACAGCAUCAGGCGCACCAGCAUCAUCAGCAGUCGAUGCGUAGCAUGGCUCCUCUCGCCCAUAUGUGA